AACAAGAUUCUGAAAAAACAUGGGGAACUGCUUAAUUCGACAAGAAAAGAUGAUCAUCAAAGUGAUUAAAACAGAUGGUGAAGUUCUUGAAUACGCACCACCGAUGAAAGUCCAUCAAGUGUUGUCACAGUAUGCGGACCAUGCGAUCUCCGACGUACUUCCGGUGGUCAGACAUCUUCGACACCAAGCUGAUAUGGUCGCCGGUCAAAUAUACUAUCUGUUUCAACUUCCGGUGGCUUCGCCUGAAUCCGUCAAGAGUUCAAAAACCAGUACCGUGAGGAUCAAGCUGGUGGUAACUAAACAAGAGUUGGAGGUGAUGUUAAAGAAAGGGGGUGUUUCUGUGACUGAGUUGGUUUCUCAAAUAGAGAAAAACGGAAGCUUGAUCGAGACCAGUAAUGAUGGUGGUGAUGAUGACGACGGAAGGUGGAAGCCUCGUUUAGAAAGCAUACCCGAAUCUAAUUAGUUUCAUACAGGUUUUAUAGUGAAAAAGAUCGUAAAUUUUCAACGAUAAACAUCUAAGCAUGCAGGUUGUAAAACGUGGGUUCAUGCAUGAUCAAAUGAUUGUUGUUGAAAAUUUAACGAUCUCUUAGAAAGGGCAUAACUGUAAUUACAAUAAAAAUGUUAAGAAAUUAAAUUUUGAGUUAAAUCA